CUUCAACUCCUCCUCCUUCCCCCAAAUUCUGGGCGGAGAAACCGCAAAGGCGCCUCCGCCACCAGCCCAAGGAAGCUGGAAGUUUUGCAACUUUCCCGGUCGUCCCUCUCGCUUCAUCUGAGCCGGAGAAGCGCUUGAGGAACGAAUGCAAGUAAUGCAGCCUUCUUAAAAUCACAGUGUCCUCCAUUCAGAUGGCCCUGGUGGUCAUAGAAGAAUCCUAAGAAAUAAGUCACCUUUUAGACAAAAAAAUGUCUGCCAGAAUCGCAAGGUGCUUUGUUCACAUAUUAGUGUUUUGCGCCGUGCUAAAGCCGUCCCAAAGUCAACAUUGUUCCCCAGAGAAGAUGGAGAACAUUGCCAUUGACAUCAAAGCAGCCCUUUCCAAAGGCAUCCGGGGCACAGACCCAAUCCAUACUUCAUCUUCGGAAGCCUGUGCUAAUGUUUGCUGUUUUGGAGGGGAAAUAGCAGACAACAAGAUGUGCAACUAUGUCAUCUUUAAUGCCAAAGCGAAAGACAAUUAUCCAAAUUGCUACCUGUUUCAUUAUCCCAUUAAUGAAACCUGCCCAGUGAAACAAGCUUUAGGACUGGUGACCUACAGAAUAAUAAAAGAUACAGCGUUUCCCCAGCUAACACCUUCCUCGAUCAAGCCCUCCCACCCCAUUGUGAAUGGGAACCUUGUGACUCCACAAGCUGGCAUAUUUGAUCCCCACAGUCCAACCAAACAUCCACACGGGUUGGGUCCUUCACAAAAACCCACUGCCUCUGAGAAGAUGGGUAUCUUGGGCUAUAUAGGGAAACACUUCGAUAAGAUCAGUGGACACUCCAAGGAUCCAAAAAAGGAAAGUGGAAAUAGUUCAGAGAGCACAGAUUCUUCACCAAUGCAUGAAAGCAGCAGUUCAUUGCUCCCAAAUAUUACUAAUGCUAUUCAGCACUUUCCCAUUAUACAGCCCACAGUUAAGCUGCCUAUUGUUACUGCUGGCACCCAGGCAGGUACUGCUGCUGCUCUAAUUUCUCCCAUAUCUCCUAGCAAUGCAACAGCCACCAAGUCUACCAGAGCUUAUCACGAAAAUAUGCCUCCGGCCACUGUGAAUCCAAGAAGUACCACUGUUCCGCAGCCAUCAACCACUUCUGGCACUAGUGCCAGCAACCUCAGCUCAUUGUCUUCUAGUCUAUCCACUCAUAUUUCUUCUUCUUUACAUGAUGCCUAUUUCAGCAAUGGGAAAGAAGGUUCGGAAGGCAAUAUCCUUGAUGGAGUUCCAGGAGCAAAAGGUGCCCCUCACUUUGGUGAUAAAAGCAUACUUCUUGCUGCAUUGCUUUUUGGGGUGAUGUUCUUCGUCUUGGUUACAGUGGUGGUAAGUAGGAAGAUGCAUGACGCUCUUCAGCAAAGGCGCUACACUAGACUGGACUACUUGAUAAAUGGCAUGUAUGCCAACAUGUGACAGAAGAUGAACAUAAAGAGGUAUAUGGGUGGUAAAUUCAAACCUGGCUAGCCAUUUGUAGACCUUACUGAAAAGAAGAUGGAUUGAAUUUAGCACACUGGAGGACAUGUUCCCUUUCUUAUGAGGCCAGGACUAAACAUUACACUCAUGUUGUGAUAUUCAUUAUUCUCACAUAAUGUCUUUGUUUGUUUAUAAUGUAUCACAUGUUAAGUUGUAUGUUAAAGUCUUCUGCUUUCCACCUCGGGAAUUCCGUGACAGAUUUGGUGUGCUAUCCUACUGACAUGAUAAGUGUAACAUUUACAUUAGGUUCAUAUGGCACCAGUUACUUGUUUGCCGGAGCAGUUUAUGCAGUGGUAAAUCCUGCGGAGACAAUCUA